AUGGUUGAAUCGGCAAGCGCAGGACGUACGCGGAUCCGCCGCGCCGCUUCCCCCGUCCUUCCGGAGGAGCUCGUCGUCUGGGAGAUCCUCGUCCGCCUGCCGGCGAAGGCGCUCCUCCGCUGCCGCGCGGUCUGCCGCCCCUGGCUGCGCCUCAUCACCUCCGACCCCGACUUCCUCCGCGCCCACCACCUGCGCCAGCCGUCGCUCCCUCUCGUUUUCUUCCACAACCACAUCAGUUUCUACAGCCGCGACCUCGUCGACGCCGCCGUCGACGCCUUCGACCUCCGGCGAUCCCCCGCCGAGCGCCAGCCCGUCCUCCGUUUCAACGAUUGCAACCACCACCGUCACUUCGAGGUCCGCGCCUCCCACACGGCAGUGGACCACACUGCCCGCCCUCGCGGAAGCAGCAUCGCGGGGCUGUACCCGCACGGCUCGUCCGGCGAGUACCGCGUCCUGUACAGGGAGAUGAAGAGGAAGAGAUGUCACGAUGGAGGUAAUGUCUACUACGUCCUCACCGUGGGAUCCUCUGCAGAGCCAAGGUGCAUUGGGUGCCCUGUAACCUCACCAUCCAUGGAGCGGUCUCUGACUUACAUCAGCCAUCUCCCGGCCAUCUUGCUACGGAGCUGCCUGCACUGGGGUCAACGGUUUCUGAAACAUGAGCUAAUUGCUUUUGACACGGUUGCUGAGUCAUUCAGACGUAUCAGUGCUCCUGCAGAUUACAAUUGGGCAUGGUCGGAUUUGUUUGACAUGGAUGGUAUGCUUGGCGUAAGCAGUGUAAAUGAGAGUGAGACGAUGGUGGAACUCUGGGUGCUUCAGGACUACAAGAUGGAGAAUGGAGAUAUGCUGGUCUACUGCGACAACGCUUCGCAUCUGUUUCACUGCAGCAGCAACGGCAAAUUGCUGCAGAAAUUCCAGUGGGAUCGUGUGUUUCUAAUGGUUACCGGACAUUGCUACCUGCCUUUGAGUAACCAGGCUAUUCAGAUAUUUACUUCUGUUUAG